UGGGGUUGGGGUCCGUUGCUGAUGCUGGGCAGAUUGCGUUUAUCUCCGCAUCUCUGCUUCGCUCCUCUUAAUGCUGCCACUGGAUGGCUGCGCGUCGACGUGAGAUCAUUUAUUGAGGGCUUCAUCCGAUUUCUAAAACAAACAAGAAAACAAACAAACAAACAUGACAGACAUUACGACUUCAGAUUCAUGCCCGGUUCCCAAUGCGACUAUCGUGGACCCGACGGCUGUGCGGAACGGACAAUGCGCCGCUGCCCAGGAUACGAACCAACCCAAGAGAGGGAGCCAGGGCGAUCCCUUUAAUAUGGACAUGGACCGGGACCAGGAGAUGAAAAUCACAGAGACCGUUGAGGGCGAAGGUCUCUUGGAGAGCAGUAUGCGCCUGAAGCCUCAUGAAGCUCAGAGUUACAGGAAGAAAGCUCUGUGGGUGUCCUGGAUCUCCAUAGUAGUGACGCUCAUCCUGGCUGUGGCAGCUUUCACUGUAUCGUUCAUGAGGCACAGUGCAUCAGCUUUUGGAUUUGCUUUUGAUGCCAUGUUAGAUGUUCUCUCCUCUGUUAUAGUGCUGUGGCGUUAUAGCAAUGCUGCAGCAGUGCACUCUGCCCAUAGAGAAUACAUAGCCUGUGUGAUACUUGGAGUUAUUUUCAUCUUAUCCUCUUUGUGUAUUUUGGGGAAGGCCAUCCAUGAUCUGGCUGUCAAGCUUCUUCCUGAAGUGGAUGACUUUCUGUUUAGUGUUUCCAUUGUCAGUGGCAUCAUAUGUAUCAUUCUUGCUGUUUCCAAGUUUAUGCUGGGCAGGAUUUUGACCAGCAGAGCCCUCAUAACUGAUGGUUUUAAUUCUUUGGUUGGAGGCAUCAUGGGCUUUUCAAUCCUUAUUAGCGCUGAGGUGUUUAAACAUCACCAAAAUGUUUGGUAUCUGGAUGGAACCGCCGGGGUCCUGAUUGGACUCAUCAUUCUAGCUUAUGGGAUCAAGCUGCUGAUUGACAUGGUACCACGAGUAAGACAAACUCGAAACUAUGAGCGCUUUGAGUAAUGCUGGAUCAGAGAAGAAAGGCAACAGUAUGGAUCCAUCCAUGCUGAGAUACCCCCCACCCUCUGCUCCUCCCCUGCCUCUCUCUCAUCACACCCAAAUACAUCCAAGAAUAAAGUCUGCUGGCAGCCAAUUCAGCAUCAUGCUCAGUUCUCAUCACACUUUUUAUCUCAUGAUAUCCUCUUAUACGCAGCAUAAAAUCUUGUGGGUGAAUGGAGGGGAAUUAACAUAAAUGCAGAGCUAAAGGGGGAAACACUAAGUCCAGGCACUUUCUUUGACAGGAGAUUCUGAUUUUAAAGAGAGAUGUGCGUUUAUAGUGUCCAUAGUCUUCUUGCCACAUUUUUAAAUACUGUUUCGUUUUCAUAUUUUGGAGUAAAUUUUGAUCUCGGUGUAAUUACAUUUCAUAUCAAUGUGUAUUUAAAACCAUUUGCAGCUUUUAAUGCACUAAGCAUUAGUGAUAUCUCUAUAGAUAGCCAGCAUUCAUCGUUUCUUCCCUCCCAAAAUGAUUAUAUUAUACACGAUGUAUGGUAUGUUGAUAUUUGACUGUAAAAUAUUGUAUAUAAUCUUUCAGAGCACUUCCAGUAUAGCACUCAUUUCAAUAAUGAAAGCACAUUAAACAUGCACUGGGGCGACAAGUGCAUACUAAAGGUUUCUCUCAUCCACAGUUCAGGGUCCACAGGUAUCUGUGAUGGGGAAAAACAAUACAGAUUACGAUUACACUGAGCCUGUAUGUGUUGAUAAUGGAAAUGUUCAACCAGCACAAACCCCUCAAUAUGAGUUGUAGUUAUAAAUAGCUUGACUCCUAUCCAAACAUCUCCAAUACAGCAAAAAUGGCUUAAUUUGGAAACAUUUCUGACAUCCUUUACACUUAUACAGUGUCUUAUUGACACAUUUAGGCCUGGUUUCACAGAUAAGGUGUAGCUGCUGUAAAGCCAGGGCUAGGCCUAAGUUAAAUUUAAGAAUAUUUUAUAAACAUACCUUAGAAAAAGACGUUACUGGUAUGUAUAUUGAGACAAAUUAAUGGCAUAUUUUAAGAUCUGUAAGUGCAAGUUAUUUUUAGUUGAGACAGCUCAAACAUAUGUUUUAAACUACUAGCCUUAAGCUUUGUCUGUAAAACCGGUUAGUCUUAUUAUAUAUGUAGCAAUCUUACAAGCAGCAAUUAAUAUAAUUAUUUUUUUUUAAGCUAUUCUUUAGUGCCAGGUUAGAUGAUGGCUAGAACAGGUUGAAAUAUUGUCUGAUGCACAAAUAAUUGAUUCUGGCUUUAGCGGACAUGAUUGGUAAACAAUUCAUUGUGAAUAUGAAGCACAUUUAAGUAGCACACUGUUUAACAAUACUAAUGUGAAAUAUGAGUUGUUAUCUUUGAUUUGUUUAUCCAUAAUAAUCCCAUAUAUCUGCAGGAUAAACCCCCUGACAAGCACAGUAAAUUCAUUUCUGUUCUUUUUUACUAGUGAUGAAAGCAAUUUAGCAGUUGUGGGAACCAUUUCUUUACAGAGUAUCAUACACACAUAUUUAUUCAUUACAUAUAUAUAGUAUGUAUUAUUAUAAAGAAUAUAGUGUACACGCAGCACUUGAUCGUUUUAAAUGUCUUCUUUUGUCUGUCUCUGUACAUUUGGGACGGAAAUGUAUCUGAAUGUAUAUGACUGUGAUGAAUUCGCAGCUGACCUACACUGGGGGUUGUUUCAGGGUCAAAUAUUGACAAACCCAAUUUCAACCCAUGUGCUAGAUUGUUUUAACCCUUAGUUGAGUACCAACAACCCAGAAUAAUGUUAAUUAUAACCCAACAGUUGUCCAUAUUUGACCCAACUAUGUUGAAACAACCAAGGAUUUUUUUUACUGUAUUGCACACUGAUGUAUGAAGUACAACAAUAUUAUCAGACAAUCACAAACCUAGAAAUAAUCUUUUGUGUACUGCUGAAUGUGAUUUCAUCUCAAGAGGGAACCUUUACAUAUUUGUGCUGUUUAAAUCAUCAGGACAAAAUGGUUAGUUUUAAUUUAUUUAUUAUUGAUGUUGUCAUACAGGUGAAGCUAUUGGCACAUGAUGUAUUACAAUGGUGUUAUGUUCAUUUCAUUUCUGCAUCAAUUGACAUCUUUUGUUAACUUGAAUGUUUUUCAAAUUCAGUGUUUCAUAUUAAAACUGUAUAGACUGCCAAUGGUAACUAUUAUUUUAGUGUGCCGAAUGCUAUAUUUUGUUUACACUAAAAAUAUUCAAAUGUCAGGUCACUUUUUAUUGUUUAUUUGCAUUAUCAUGUUCUGAUUUGUCACUAUAUUUACAUUUAUGCAUUUUUAUCCGAAGCACCUUACAGUGCAUUACACAAUAUGUUUGUUCUCUGGCUUCAAAUCCACAACCUUUUGCACUGUUAAUGCAAUGAUCAACCACUGAGCUACAGGAAAACUCAUUAGUCGUAUUGUGCUGGUUUGUAAAUCUCUACACAUGUGUACAGUAGAUCCUAAUGUAUCAUCAACCAGUGUUGGAGAAUGGUGUUGUAUGGUCAUAGAUUUUAGUGGCUAUUGUUGCUUGUGGAUUACUAUUAAGAAUAGCGGGAUCACACAAUGAGUAUGACUCCUAUAUUGGCCUGCGGGUAAACUUAUAAAGAUUGUACAAAUCAAAAAUCUGUCUCGAUUCCAAAGAUAAAACUACUAGUUAGGCCCUGUUUUAGUUAGACUAGACAUUAAGACAUGUCUGUUGUAAUGCUGUAGUGUAGUCUUAGCAUUUACGUAAGCAAUAUUCACUGCUGUGCUUUGCAUGUAGACAAACCUUUUACCCACUAAAUGCUGCACAAACAUGUACUGACACAUGAGCACAUGCAUACACAAGCAAAUGCAGACACAACAUUUCCAAUGUAAAAUCAUGUCUGGCACAUAGACGAAAGGUUUUGAAUGUACAUUUACUUCAUUAGUAAUACUACUGAUAUCUAUAUUUAUGUAGAACAUGUGAAAGAUGAAUAGCUUAACUGUAAAAGUUGUACAAAAUAAUAAAAU